GGCAGGUCUGGAAGCCGGAAGUGGCCGUGUGGGAGCUAACUCGGGACUCAGCCGAGGUGAAGCCAGGGGCGCGCCCUCGCUGUGCCCCCAGCCCGGGCACGAGCCCUCCGCGAAGGCCGGAGCCAUGGGGGCUCCGCGCCGCCGGCCGCGCGCGUCCCGGGGGCCCCCGCCGGUGCCGUCGCUCCUGCUUCUCCUCCUGCUCCUGUGCGGCCCGGGCCUGGGUCGCGCCUCCCUGAGGCUCUUGGACCACCCGGCGCCCGUGUGCACCCAGCAGGGGCUGAACUGCACAGUCAAGAACAGUACCUGCCUGGAUGACACCUGGAUCCACCCUCGAAGCCUGACCCCCUCGCCCCCCAAAGACGUGCAGACCCAGCUGCGCUUUGUCCACACGCAGCAAGGACACCUGCUCCCCGUGGCUCAUGUCGAGUGGACGCUUCAGACAGACGCCAGCAUCCUCUACCUGGAGGGAGCGGAAUUGUCUGUCUUGCAGCUGAACACCAACGAACGUCUGUGUGUCAAGUUUGAGUUUCUGUCCACACUGAAGCAUCAUCACAAGCGGUGGCGUUUUGCCUUCAGCCACUUCGUGGUGGAACCCGGCCAGGAGUACGAGGUGACCGUCCACCACCUGCCUAAGCCCAUCCCUGACGGGGACCCAAACCACCAGUCCAGAAACUUCCUGGUGCCCGACUGCGAGGACCCCAGGAUGAAGAUGACCACGCCCUGCGUGAGUUCAGGCAGCCUGUGGGACCCCAACAUCACUGUGGAGAUCCUCGAGGCCCACCAGCUGCAGCUGAGCUUCACGCCGUGGAACGAGUCCACCAAAUACCAGAUCCUGCUGGACAGCUUUCUGCCCGCGGAGAACCGCAGCUGCUUCCGGCGCGUCGUGGAUCUGGACGUGCCUGCACAGGAGGCCACCCGGCAGUGCUGCAACGUCACACUCACCCUGCCAGACUUCAGCUGGUGCUGCCGUCACCACGUGCAGAUCCAGCCCUUCUUCAGCAGCUGCCUCAACGACUGCCUCCGACACUCGGUGGCCGUGCCCUGCCCAGGGGUCCCACACACCCCAGACACCGUUGAAGGUAAGGCCGACUCCUCCCAGUCUCUGCCGCCUCAGGGGACACAGAGGUCCCUGUGUCCUGGAGUGGAGCCAGGCAGAAAGGCUGUACCAGGAGGCGGCCCUGGGUGGUGGGACCAUGGCCCAUCUUGGUGUCAGGGAGGACCCCCCAGGGUGGGCGGCUGGUUGAGGACCCCAGGGCUGGCACAGCAGAGAGGGCAGCUCAGGGAGGGCAGCGGGCGGGCCCCCGGGGCUGGUGUCACAGGCCUCCCUGCCACGCCAUCACGCUGUUCUCCUGCCACAGACCACGUGCCCCUGUGGGUGUCCAGGUGCAUCCCCGGCCUCUCCAUCCUGUUCGUGGGUUCCGUCAUCCUGCUGACCGUCUGCCUGGCCUGGCGGUUACCGGGGUCCCGUCACGGAAAAUGUGAAAACGGCAGCAAAUGCACAGACGUCCCGCCCGCUGCCACCAGCCUGAGCCCCCCACCCCUGAAGCCCAGGAAGGUCUGGAUCGUCUACUCGGCUGACCACCCCCUCUACGUGGACGUGGUCCUGAAGUUCGCCCAGUUCCUGCUCACCGUGUGCGGCACCGAAGUGGCCCUCGACCUGCUGGAGGAGCAGGCCAUCUCGGAGGCGGGGGUCAUGACCUGGGUGGGCCGCCGGAAGCAGGAGGUGGUGGAGGGCAACUCCAAGAUCAUCGUCCUGUGCUCCCGAGGCACCCGGGCCAAGUGGCAGGCCAUCCUCGGCUGGGAGGACGCCGCCGUCCAGCUUCGCUGUGACCGCGGGAAGCCCGCGGGGGACCUGUUCACGGCGGCCAUGAACAUGAUCCUGCCGGACUUCAAGAGGCCGGCCUGCUUCGGCACCUACAUCGUCUGCUACUUCAGUGACAUCAGCUGCGAGGCUGACAUCCCCGAGCUCUUCAACAUCACCUCCUGCUACGCGCUCAUGGACAAGUUUGAGGAGGUCUACUUCCGCAUCCAGGACCUGGAGAUGUUCGGGCCGGGCCGCAUGCACCGCGUCGGGGCGCUCACGGCCCAGAACUACCUGCAGAGCCCCAGUGGCCAGCAGCUCCGCGAGGCCGUGCAGCGCUUCCGCCGCUGGCAGGCCCAGCGCCCCGACUGGUUCAAGCUCGAGAACCUCUGCCUGGCAGACGACCAGGACCUCCCGUCCCUGGACGAGGAGGCCUUCGAGGAGCCGCCGCCGGGAGGAGGGAUCGUCCGGCAGGAGCCGCUGGUGCUGGAACCCGCCUCCCAGGGCAGCCUGCUGGUGGAGCUGCUCCUUGCGGGGGAAGGAGGGGGCCCGUCGCGGCUGGAGCCCCAGCCUUGGCCCCAGGAGCAGCCGGCGGCCCAGACGCUCCAGACCACGGUGGUCCCGGUGGACGGGGCGCCUCCAGCGCAGGCGGUGGAGCCCAUCCUUCGGGCCGUCAGGAGCGGUGCCGCCAGCCGGCUGGCCCUGGCUGGGGGAGACGAGGCCUGCCCGCUUCUGGGCGGCUGGGGCCCGGGGCGGAACAGCAUCCUCUUCCUCCCCAUGCACCCCAAGGACCCGCCCGUCCGCAGCAGCCCCACGGGGCGGCCAGACGGCUCCAUGUUGCCGUCCCUGCAGCAGAGCCCGCGCUGCCAGGAUGUGCGCACGCCCCCUGGGGGGGAGCAGCGGCGGUCUGUGCAGUCCGACCAGGGCUACAUCUCCAGGAGCUCCCCGCAGCUCCCGGACGACGCCGACGGGGACCGGGGCGGGGGGCCGGGCGGGCAGCCGCUGUGUCCCGAGGGCCUGGAGAGCCUGCGAAGCCUGCAGCUGCUGCUCUUCUUCCAGGAGCUUCGCAAGAACCCUGGCCUGGAGCCCAAGGGGCCGCCGCGUGGGGCCUCCCCUGCCCAGGGUGGGCCCCCUCGACCUUCUGCCGUGCGAGGACACAGCGAGAUGGCCGUCUGUGAAGCAGGAAUCUGCCGGCACCUUGACCUUGGACGUCCAGUCUCCAGCACCGUGAGGGGUGUUUCUGUCGUUGAUGAGCUGCGCAGUCUGCAGUGUUCCGUUACAGCAGCCCGAGCGGACAAGGACGGGGACAGAGGAGCUGAGCCUUCCCAUCCGCCAGCCUCUGAGGCACCAUCCCUCUGAUGAUGCAGAGCCCCCAGUCUCACACUGGUCUCAGCUGGCCGCAAGUGCUGGAGAUUCCGUCAGCCUGAAUGUGGUGUCAGCCAUUUGCCAACACCAAGAGCAUCAAGUGUGAAUAAGGCCAGGCCUCUCUUCUCGUGCUGCUCUGCACCUCGGCUAAUAAAAUCCUGCCUCACCCAGAGAGGUCCUCCGAGAGCCCACGUCCUGCGGUCUGUGACCACUACCCCUGGACUCCUCUCUUGGACAGAGUGACAGAAGGGACUCGAGGAGGCAGGAGGACCCCCGGCCACGUGACCCUCGUGGAUGUCCACGGCUUUUCCUGUAGGAAGACGAGGAGUGAUUGCGCAGGGCUGUGGACCUUGCGGGAUUCCUUGCUUCUGAACCAGCUUCUCCUUUCUGCUCAGGAAGGUCCUCAGGUUUCGGAGGGGGUUCUGUUCAUCCCUUAAACAUCCACUCGGCAGGCUGAGCCGGGCCUCUGAACGCCAGCUGUGAUGGCUUUUACUGAUUGCCUGCUUACCUUUGAAUCGGAAAGAAGGGGGAGCAUGAUGCUCACAGGACGAUGGCGUCUCCAUCCUACAGCCUUCGCCCUCCGCGGGGGGCAGUCUCCCCUCCCAGGUAAACGACGGAGGGGCCUCCUGCGAAGACCUGCCCGGUGAGGGCCCAAGUGUCAGAGGAACGGGGAAGGAAGGGAGAAGCCUAGUCCAAUGCCCCCACACCCAGGCACCCUUUCCUGGGGGGAGUCACCUUCGGUUGUUCACGCCUAAGUGUGACGCAGUGUCCUGGCUCCUUCCCUUCCUGAGAAGAGCGUCUGCCUGCGGCCUGACUGGGGGCCUGCGGGACUCAAAGGGUGUGGGUCCAGCCCCUGCUUUUUAGCCAGAGCCGCACAACGGAAGGGAGGCCACAUCCGAAGGCUGCCCGCGGCCAACGGACGCGGUUCAGACCCGGAUUCCCUUCCUGACCUCAGUGCAGCCUCCAGCAAGUGGCUCUGUCCUUCUGGGCUCGGGGGUGGAGGGGAGGCCCCCCCAGAGGGGCUGCGAGGACCCGGAGGGGCCGGCCAUCGGAGCGCGGGGCCCCGAGUCCCCCGACCCCAGGCCGGCUGCAGGGCCAGACUCACCCGACACGACCUCCCCUCUUGAGCAGGUGAGGGGCAGCUCAGCCACGAGAAACGUAGUCAAGGUGGUCACCUUACCGUCCAUCCGCAUUUAGGGAGAAAUGAAGACACGGUCUUUGCUGUUCUGAAACUAUUGUAUAUGUAAGUUUUGUCCCCGUUAUGAUUGUGAAUGUCUUGACGGAAAGGACCGUUUUUGCACAUAUCGCCCCAGUACCGCAGCCUGUGAGGGAGGGGACGUCGCUGCUGUCUUAUAAGUGAGGGAAGGCCCUGGAGGCCAGGUGGUGCUAGCGCCCAGCUGCGGGGGGCAGGCCGGGCAAGUGAGGCGGGCCCUUGGCCUCACCUGAAUAGCCCCUGAAUAGCACCAGAUGUUUCUGUGCUAAAGAACAACGACCGUAGUCUUUUUUUUUUAAUUUAUUUUUGGCUGCGUCGGGCCUUCGUUGUUGCGGCGAGCGGGGGCUUCUCUUGUUGCGGAGCACGGGCUCUAGAGCGCAGGCUCAGUAGUUGUGGCACGCGAGCUCAGUUGCCUCAUGGCAUGCGGGAUCUUCCCGGACCAGGGCUCGAACCCAUGUCCCCUGCACUGGCAGGCGGAUUCUUAACCACUGCGCCACCAGGGAAGUCCUACUGUAGUCUUAUUUUUAUGCAGACCCCAUGUUCUCCUAGACGCCCCAGACUCCGUUGUGUUGAAAACAAAACAAGCAUGGCCUGUUCUCCUUUGUGAUAGCAUUUCUGCUUCUGGCUGGGGAGAGAAGGGCAGAGCAUUUAAAGUCAUUUCUCAGCCCUUCUCCCACUAACGAGUUAUUCUCAGAAAGAAGGAGUGAGAGCCCAGGAGCUGAGGAAUCACCCUCGGGCUGAGAGCCCAGGGGACUUGGCUGUGCUGAGGAAGCCUGGCUGGGCCACACCAGGCCGGCCGGGUCAAGAGCCCGCCAACCGCCUGGAAGGAAGUAGCCAAGGUGCACCCAUAACGUUAACACAGACCCGCAAGAUGAUGACAGAUGCCACGGUGACAUUUAAGAGUUUAGUAAGGAAACCAGGACAGGAAAGAUCUGAAAAGAAACUACACAGGAAGCUUGUCACAAGUCUCAAGUUUUUUAUUUUCAGAACAGAAGCUGGUUUUAUUUUUAAAAAGAGAAGGAGAAAAGAACGUGAUAAAUGCCAGCGAGGUACCACUUCCGUCCUCCAGGCUCUGACUGCCAGCUCGCUCUCUUCCACGAAAACUCAUGGGCUCGGAGCCGUCCUUAGAGAAGGUCUGGCCCAAGCCCUUUCCAAAAAGAUAAGGAGUCCGAGGCUCAGGGGAGGACGGCCUGACCUGCCCAACGUUAGAGGCGGGCAGCCCGGGACCCGUGCCCAGCUUCUUCUCCGUGACCGGCACGGUGGGCGCGGGCGCGGGCCCGGGGAUGCUAGACACACCACAGCAUCUCUGGUUGGACCCCGCGCUACAGGUGUUCCCAGAAAACAAGAAAAAUGAAACUUUCGGGGCAUUUCUUUUUGUGAAUGAGGCAAGGGGAGUAAGUAAAAGGACUCAAGAAAAACACACCAGAAGGAAGGGGCUGACGCCCUGAGCACAAGUGCUGGCGGCAAGUGGCGGGAGGAG